GGGAUUACAGGCGUGAGCCACCGUGCCGGCCUCCUCGAAUACUUUUGAAAGUCCUGCACUCCUGAGUGCCUGCCAUGAGGCAGACUCUGUGUUUAGGCUCUGGGGAAGCACAGGGGAAUGGCUGCGUUCUUGCUCUGGAGGAGCCAUCGGUGCAGUGUUGGAUAGACAACAUGUAAGCAGGUGUAUUUCAUACAUUGUCACAGAUGCUAUAAAGAGAAGCUCAAGGGCUGCAGGAACACAGAACACUGUUGGAGAAUCUUGGCAGGCCUCACAUACAGGCACACGACCGACUGAGCUGGCGGUGGUCCAAUGGCUGGAGACACCCACUGCCCCGCAGAGCCCCUGGCCGGAGAAGGCACUCUUUGGGAGGCCCUCAGGGCGCUCCUGCCACACACUAAAGAAGACCUGAAGCUGGACCUCGGGGAGAAAGUGGAGAGGAGCGUGGUGACGCUGUUGCAGCAAGCCACUGAGCUCUUCUACAAGGGCAGGAGGGCCGAGUGUCUGCAGACCAGCGAGGUGAUCCUGGACUACUCCUGGGAGAAGCUCAACACGGGCACGUGGCGGGACGUAGACAAAGACUGGCGCCAGGUCUACGCCAUGGGCUGCCUCCUGAAAGUCCUGUGUCUGUGCCAGGCACCUGGGGACGCCACCACUGUGGCCGCAGCCCUGCGGGUCUGUGACAUGGGCCUGCUGAUGGGGGCGGCCAUCCUUGGGGACAUCCUCCUUAAAGUCGCUGCCAUCCUGCAGGCACACCUCCCUGGAAAAAGGCCUGCCCAUGGCUCCACCCCGGAGCAGCCCUGCACAAAGAAAGCGAGGACGGACCAUGGUUCGAUUCCAGAUGUGAAGUUAGAAAGAACAGUGCCCCGGCUGCACUGCCCAUCCCUCCAGCAUUUCAGGGAGCAGUUUUUGGUUCCAGAGAGGCCUGUGAUCCUGAGAGGCGUGGCUGACCACUGGCCGUGCAUGAAGAAGUGGAGUCUGGAGUAUAUCCAGGAGAUCGCUGGCCACCGAACCGUCCCUGUGGAAGUUGGCUCCAGGUACACAGACGAGGAAUGGUCCCAGACACUCAUGACGGUCAAUGAGUUCAUCAGCAAAUACAUCGUGAAUGAGCCGAGGGACGUCGGGUACCUUGCUCAGCACCAGCUCUUUGACCAGAUCCCGGAACUGAAGCAGGACAUCAACAUCCCCGACUACUGCAGCCUGGGCAGUGGGGAGGAAGAGGAGAUCACCAUUAAUGCCUGGUUUGGUCCCCAGGGAACCGUCUCCCCGCUCCAUCAGGAUCCCCAGCAUAACUUCCUAGUCCAGGUGAUGGGGAGGAAGUACAUCCGGCUGUAUUCCCCGCAGGAGUCAGAGGCUCUGUACCCUCAUGACACGCACCUUCUCCAUAACACAAGCCAGGUGGACGUGGAGAAUCCUGACCUGGAGAAGUUCCCCAAGUUUGCCAAGGCUCCGUUCGUGUCCUGCAUCCUGUCCCCUGGAGAGGUCCUGUUCAUCCCAGUGAAACACUGGCACUACGUGCGAGCUCUGGAUCUGAGCUUCUCGGUCAGCUUCUGGUGGUCAUAGCCAGGAAGGGAACUGAAGGGGCCUGACGUGCAGACAGCAUUCAUCUGUUCACGGAUUUCCUGCUCGGUGGUCCCCCUGCUGCUACAGAGACAAGCAGGACUGAACCUGUGCCCUGAGGACCCUUUACUGCCCAGUGGCAGCCCUGAGGGGUCGAGCUCCAGCGCGGCACAGGCACAGAGCGAGAGCUGCCCAGAAAGGGGCACACGCCAGCCCGGGGGUGCAUGGCAGAGGAAGGUGGGGUGAGCCCAGAAGGACAUCGCAGGCAGGCAGCCUGCACAGGGGUUCCAGCAUCAGAAAGCCUAACGUGCUUGGGAAACGGGCGGGCUCCACGGGCAGGGGUGAAAUGUGGGCUCUGAGGUGGCUAAGGCAGGAGGAUCGCUUAAGCCUUCCAAGUUGAGGCUGCAGUGAGCCGUGAUUGCAACACAGCACUCCAGACUGGGAGACAGAGCAAGACUGUCUUUGAAAAAAAAAUUAUAGUAAAUAAAUAAGGAGGCUGCUUGACUCAAACCCAGCCCCACUGUGUACCUGCUGUGUGACUCGGCCAGGAUCCCUCCCUUCACUGUGCCCACGUGGAAGAAGACGGCAAGGCCAGCCCUCACUGCAAGGGCCGAGGAGGCGGUGCCGAGCCCCUGCCGCUGCACGAACCUCAGCCGCUGUCGCUGCUCCCAAUUAGUCCGAUGCUUCUGCCCUUCCUUCCCAUAACCGAGCCUGCUGGAUGCCACAGCCUGAAGACUGGAGAUAGAGCUAGGCACUGCCCCGGUCACAGAGGAGAGUCCGUAGAGGCCUGCUCAGGAGCCCGGACCCCUGCUGGGUGGUGGGAAAUUUCUGUCAUCCUCAUGGCUCAAGGAUAACGUACCUGCCUGCAGAGAAGUGCAGAGGUCUUCUGACUGAAUGACUCUUCCCCUGCAAACUCCCCCAGGAUCAGGCUCCCAAGUGGAGAAAGCAGACCAUCAGCAGCCCCUCCCUCCACCUCCAGUCGCCAUCCCCCUCAAACAGGGGAAGGGUUUGAGGCCGGGGGAGAUCCCAGGCUCCAUGCUUUCUGUAAAUGUGUCUUCUUGGUGUGUAUGCAGGUUUGUUUUAUGUUUUGGCCGCUAAGACUUUCCCCAGC